AUGGCAAGGAAGAAGGUGACGCUUGCUUAUAUUGCUAGUGCAAAUGCAAGGAAAGCAACAUUCAAUAAACGAAGAAAGGGCUUGCUGAAGAUAGUCAGAGAAUUGAGCACUUUAUGUGGGGUUAGUGCUUGUGCAAUUGUGAAUGGACCAUAUGAUCCUCAACCAGAAGUAUGGCCUGAUGAACAAUCGGAAGCACACCGUGUGCUGAUGUGGUUCAAGAGCGUGCCCGAGAUAGAAUUAAGAAAUGACAGGAAACAAUUCAAUCCAGAAAGUUUCGCUAAAUACCAGAUUGGGAAGAUUAGCGAACAGUGUAAGAGAUAUCAGCAAGAAAAUCAUUAUCUGGAAAUUAAUCGGAUGUAUAACAGUGAGUUAAGUUUGGCCUUGGAUGAAAGAAAGGACAAAGAAGCUCAGCGUAAAUUGCCAGAUCUCCAGAAAGCUUCAAUACCAGUAGUACAAACAAUAUCCGAUGCUAGUGAUGAUGCUAAUAUUACUGCUAUUCCUCAUCUAUUAAAUUAUCCUACUAAUGCUAAUGUUAAUGUUGGAGCACUUGAGAACGGACAUGGACCAUCUGGUAUAAAUGGUGGUACCGUGACUGACGGUGCUAUGUAUGGUGGAGUCGUGAACCAUCAUGAUCAAGGUGGUGGUGCUAUUAUUGAUGGUGUUGGUGAUCAAGAAAUAAGGAUAGCAGAAGCAGCCACAGAAUCAAGCCUUGCAAAUCCAACCAUGGUUCAUGGUGGAUUCUCUUGA